GCAAGCACCGCCCCACAAGCUAGAUCUCACAGCCUGGGCUUGAGUGCGUCACAUACAAACAUGGCGGCGUCCUGGGGAAGGUUACUGACAGCAUGGGCCGGCCGUGUAGGAGCAGCUGCAGGACAGAUCCCUCGUACCAUUAAGGCUCCUGUACUGAGGAGAGCGGCAGCCUUUUCACCCACUAAUUAUGCAGUACCGAAGCUUCAGUUCAGCACCAGUUCCUCACGGUUCUUCCCUGCUGUUACCCAGCAUGCUCCACAGUUUAAAGGCACAGCUGUAGUCAAUGGGGAAUUCAAAGAGAUUAGUUUGGAUGAUUUUAAGGGCAAAUAUCUGGUGCUUUUCUUCUACCCUUUAGACUUUACUUUUGUGUGCCCUACAGAGAUUGUAGCUUUUAGUGAUAAAGCCAAUGAAUUCCAUGAUGUAAACUGUGAGGUGGUCGCUGUGUCUGUGGACUCUCACUUCUGUCAUCUAGCCUGGACGAACACGCCUAGAAAGAACGGAGGUUUGGGUCACAUGAAUAUUCCGCUUCUGUCAGAUUUAAACAAACGGAUCGCUCGUGAUUAUGGAGUUUUGUUGGAGAGCCCCGGCAUUGCUCUAAGGGGACUUUUCAUCAUCGAUCCUAAUGGAAUAAUCAAGCAUCUGAGUGUGAAUGAUCUUCCUGUUGGGCGCAGUGUUGAGGAGACACUACGUUUAGUCAAAGCUUUUCAGUACGUGGAGACUCAUGGAGAAGUCUGCCCAGCAAACUGGACUCCCCACUCCCCAACGAUUAAGCCCAACCCAGAGGGCUCCAAGGAUUACUUUGAGAAAGUAAAUGAAUAACUUUGCAGUCCAUCUAUUUCACAGCACAGAAGAUGACUUUGAACUAUUUAGAGUUUACAAUGAAGGCUAUGAUUUUGUUUCUAUAAAGGUUAUGUUCAUGUGCAGGGCAAGCUACACACCUAGAAAUAAAAUCCUCUUUACAGAACA